AUGUCGGGCCACUCGGUGGAAUCUUCUUCCCGUCUGUCCGGUGAUGCUCCAGAGUCGUCUCCUUGUUCGGGGCCGGUUCUACGGGAGGCUGAUCUUGGAGCGUUGGGGGCCUGUCCCCCGCCGUGUCUCCAAUGCGAUCUCCUUCGUGCGGAGGUGCUGAUGCUACGUGCUGAAGUUGCGAGCCUGCGCAAUUCCAGCUUGGCCGCACUCUCAAAUGCGAUCUAUGCCUUACAGGGCCAGCUCAACGAGGUUCGCCCACGUGGCGAGGAUGACCAUUUUUCAUUCGUGUUCACGGCGGUCGAAGAGAACACCGCAGCUCGCCUGCUGCGCUCGCCUUUGGCGAAUGUUCGCUGCCUGCGCUAUCAUGAACAACGUCUGGACGCACUUGUCAAUCUCAAUGCUGACAUUGAACGUCGACUUCGCUUGCUGGACUUGGCAUUGUCUCGGGCCUCAGGCUAG